GGCUCAGGGAAGUUAAGAAAGUUUUCCAAGACCCCAUAGCUAAUAUGGACAGAAUUGGAUACACAUACAGAUCUGUGUAACUCCAGAGUUCAAGCUCUUAGUCCAUAUAUGCUAAUGCUUUCCCAGAUUAAUGGUUAGGAAAUGCUAGUUAAACAGAUGAAACCAUCAACUGGCAGCUUUUAGAUCACAGGAUUCCCUCUUGGUUCUAUAUGACUUUAUGUUGGCCCCUUCCUGAUUUUGGUUCCUCCAUAUCCCUGUCUAUAAUUUGGACAAUGAAACAUUUGCAUCUGAUCUCACCAUGGUUAAUUGAGAAUUGAUUGUUUUAUGUCAUCCUCCUCCUGGGAGGAAAAGAGAUCAGAAAUAACAAAUAGAGUCUUGCUAUUCUAUAAAGUGGAAGGUCCUUACAGAGGACACAAUAUAACAGGCAUUCAAUAAUCUAAAAAUUUCUCUUCUUCCUCACAGAUCCGCAUUUCUGCUUCUCACUUUUGGAAGUUCAUUGAUGGCUGAUUUAUGAAAGAUAUUUUCUUUUCCCUGGUACUUCUGGCCACAUAUCUCUAUUCUUGUCUCCCUAACCUCCCAACUUCUUUUAAGGAUGGCUGGUCAACUAACCCAAAGAGGAGCUCUAUCUAUCCUGCUCUUCUUCACUCCAGCAGUGACAUCAACAUGGUAUGCAGGUUCAGGAUACUACCCAGAUGAAAGCUACAAUGAAGUAUAUGCUGAAGAGGUCCCACAGGCCCCAGCUCUAGACUACCGAGUCCCCCGAUGGUGUUAUACAUUAAAUAUCCAGGAUGGAGAAGCCACGUGCUACUCACCGAGGGGAGGAAAUUAUCACAGCACCCUGGGUACUCGUUGUGAGCUCUCCUGCGAUCGGGGCUUUCGACUGAUUGGACGAAGGUCGGUGCAAUGUCUGCCAAACCGCCGUUGGUCUGGAACUGCCUACUGCAGGCAGGUGAGAUGCCACGCACUGCCAUUCAUCACUAGUGGCACUUACACCUGCACAAAUGGGGUGCUUCUUGACUCCCGCUGUGACUACAGCUGUUCCAGUGGCUACCACCUGGAAGGUGACCACAGCCGAAUCUGCAUGGAAGAUGGGCGAUGGAGUGGAGGCGAGCCUGUAUGUGUAGACAUAGAUCCCCCCAAGAUCCGUUGUCCCCACUCACGUGAGAAGAUGGCAGAGCCAGAGAAACUGACUGCUCGAGUAUAUUGGGACCCGCCAUUGGUGAAGGAUUCUGCUGAUGGUACUAUCACCAGGGUGACAGUUCGGGGCCCUGAGCCUGGCUCUCACUUUCCCGAAGGAGAGCAUGUGAUUCGUUACACUGCCUACGAUCGAGCCUAUAAUCGGGCCAGCUGCAAGUUCAUUGUGAAAGUACAAGUGAGACGCUGCCCAACUCUCAAACCACCACAGCAUGGCUACCUCACCUGCACCUCAGCAGGGGACAACUAUGGUGCCACCUGUGAAUACCACUGUGAUGGAGGUUAUGAACGCCAAGGAACCCCCUCCCGGGUCUGCCAGUCUAGCCGCCAGUGGUCAGGAUCACCACCCAUCUGUGCUCCUAUGAAGAUUAAUGUCAAUGUCAACUCAGCUGCUGGCCUUCUGGAUCAGUUCUUUGAGAAACAGCGGCUCCUUAUCAUCUCAGCUCCUGACCCCUCCAACAGAUAUUAUAAAAUGCAGAUCUCUAUGCUGCAGCAAUCCACCUGUGGACUGGACCUGCGCCAUGUGACCAUCAUUGAACUGGUGGGGCAGACACCUCAGGAGGUGGGGCGCAUCCGGGAGCAACAGCUGUCAGCCAACAUAAUCGAGGAGCUCAGGCAAUUUCAGCGCCUCACUCCCUCCUACUUCAACAUGGUGUUGAUUGACAAGCAGGGAAUUGACCGGGAACGCUACAUGGAACCUGUCACCCCCGAGGAAAUCUUCACAUUCAUUGAUGACUACCUACUGAGCAACCAGGAGCUGACCCAACGACGGGAGCAAAGGGAUAUAUGCGAGUGAACUUCAGCCAGGGCAUAAUUGAGGUCAAGGGAAAAAAGCUCUCUUAGCUGAAACUUGGGGCCUAAUAAAAGGAAGAAAUGGUUUUCCACAGUUCUAAGGACAGGACUCUGAGGUGGGUGAGAUUUACCAAUCCUGAGACAUUCCCAGGUCCCUUUUUAGGGCUGUGUAAUAGUUUCCCCAAGCAAAUUUCUGCUUUCAGUAGCACUUGAGGAGCAUAAGAAGCUAGGCAGGGACUGAUGUCAGGCCCUGGGCAACGGGCUUGGGGUGAAAGUCUUCUUUCCCUAACUGGGCCUCUGCACAGUGCUCCAAAGUCUUCCAGAUAAGUAAAUUCUCAAUUCAUUCACUAAACGGCUGUGUUUUAAAUGGUUCCUCUACCCUGAGGUGACAGCAGAGGGCAGCACCAUCACAACAACCAGGACACUUAAGCAAGUGUAGCUGGAUUUUCCCUAUAGGCUAACUAUAUCAUUGGAGGUGGUGGGAGCUUCAAAACAUUCUGGAACUUGUCAUUUCCCCUUUUAGGACUUGGGUUACAAAUGUCACAUUAACCAUUGCUUCAUCUAAGAGUAAGGAAAAUGCUGCAAUGGGAGGCAGCUUGGGAAGAAAAAUCAGGCCAGAGCAGAAUCUUUUGCCCUGGCCCUUCCAGCUGGAUCAUGGGCAACAAUCUCUUUUUACUGAGCCUCCAGUGUCAUAGCAGAAGGUACCAGUGCUGUCCCUUCUUCAGGGAAGCCCCCAGCUCAUGAUCUAGAGAACCUCAAAACCACCACUCCAAGCCUCUGUAAAACUAAGUAAUGGAGAAAAAAAAAAAAAAGAGAGAGAGUCAGCCUCAUGUAUUAACUUAUUUAGCUAAUCGCUUUUAAAAGAUGAGCACAGGGGCACCUGGAUGGCUCAGUCGGUUAAGCAUAUGACUCUUUAUUUUGGCUCAGGUCAUGAUCCCAUGGCUUUGUGGGUUUGAGCUCUGCAACAGGCUCUGUGCUGGCAGUAUGGAACCUGCUUGGGAUUCUCUCUCUCUCCCUCUCUCUCUGCCCCUCCCCAACUUACCCUGACCUCUAUCUCCCCAAAAUAAAUAAAUAAAUAAAGCUUAAAAAAAGAGAGAUGAGCACAGAGCAGGUGGGAGCUACCACGGCACAAAGUCAAGCCUUAAGAGUCAGGCCUGAAAGUAAAUCUGCGGUUGGGCUCUUGUGAAAUGGAGCAACACUCUAUGGUGUGUCAGUGUUUGAAAGAAAGGUGUUCUUCCCAUGCUGCUGAGAACUUUCUUUUCUAUACUCAUGGAACCUGAUGUCAUGGUUAAGACUCAGCAGCCUUUCUCCUUCAGCUUUGUCUAGGGGGUCACCGUGGAAAAUUAGAGAAGCAGGCUGAAUGGAGAGGCAGAGCUAAUGCUUGAGCACUCACUAUGUGCCAGGUGCCAUUCCAAACCGUCUAUCAAUGGACUCUGAAAUCUUCACAAAAGCCUUAUAAGGCAGGUCUCAUUUCACAGAUGAGGGAAUUGAAGCACAGAGAGAUUAGGCAACUUGCCUAAGAUUCAGACAGGAAGUGCCAGAGUUGGGAUUUAAACACCAGCAGUCUGGAGCCAGAGUCACUGUUUGUAAAUAUUAUGCUGCACAGCCUCUACUUUUUCUACUUUUCAUUUAAAGAAAGCUGACUGCUCCAAGCAAAGACAAAGGUUUCUAUAUACAAUCCUACUCAGAUACAAGACUUGGAAAUGGGCCCCGGUUAGGAAAAAGGGAAUGGAAGGCUUUCAACCCAAGAAAAGUCACUCUCCAAAGAAGAGGGAUGGGACAUAAAUCAUGAGCCCAGAACAUAUGGAGAUAGUACUGAGUCAGAAAGAAGCUGUUUUCACUGUGGGCUCAGUGGAAAUCUCAUUUUUUUAAUGCAAAAUAAAAAGGCAGUUGCUGAAUGGGACAAGACAUGGAGUAAAUGACCAAACUUGGAGCAAAAAUGUCCCUUCUCCCUCUUCCCUCCAAGGAAAUACAGGAGCUUGAAAGUCAAAAGACAAGUUAUGGGCAGAAGAUGAAAUCCAAUGAGCUAAUGUGGGAAAUCUCCAGUCAGACAGGUCUGUGGUUCCAAAGGCAAAGAUUGCACAUUAGUUAAAAUAAAUGCCCUUCCUUGUGUUUACUACUUACACCUCAAGUGCCAAGGCAGGGCAUGCUACUAGGUCAAAGACCCAAAUGAUAACAUGAAGAGGCCCACCGCCUCUUAAAUCAAGUUUCCACCUGGGCUGACUUUUGUAUCGAAAUGCUCUUGUUUAAAAAAAAUUGAGAAGCUUUUGUUUUGUUUCAUUUUAUUGAGUAGUCAGACAGGCAAGUCAAUCUUGCUUUCUUUAGGUAAAGAUUUACUGUAACCUCUUUUGCAUUAUGAUGCAAGAAAUUCCAGGUGCUAAAGGAACAGAAGCAGGCAGCAGCAGAAUCAGGUUCACAGCCAGACAA